CCAUCUUAACGCAUGAGAGCCUACGACUUAGAAACAGCGGUUGGUGGCUGCUCUCUCUCUCUCUCUGCUGUUCCCUUGAAAUCAAGGCGCAUUUUAAAACUUUGUUUUUCUUUCUCUUAUUUUCGGAAUCAACCGGACUCCACGCGAAGCCUGUUUUUAUCCAGAUGAGCUUGCCAUGAGCAUCACGCGGCUGGAGACCUAAACCGUGGGGUCUGGAAGAGGUGAAGAUGCCUCAUGGACCGCUCCAUCACCGCCAGUGCGCCAGUUCAGGGCAUCCCGAACGCCGAAUAACAAAGAAAUGCCGAGGUUUAGCGUCAAAUGGGUGGUUGCGGUGGUGCUGAUUGGGGUGGUCGGCGGCGCCUUCUUCUUCUGCGAGUAUCUCAUCUACUUUCCGACCAUCCUCAAGUGCGCCUGGCCGAAGAUCAGCCAUGCUCGCGGCGGAGAGGGCAUCGACGGCCACUCGGUGGACUCUGCGGUCCGCGCUAUGGUGCUGUCGGACACGCACCUCCUCGGAGCCGUCGGAGGACACUGGUUUGACAAGCUGAGGAGGGAAUGGCAGAUGGAGAGGGCUUUCCAGACCGCUCUGUGGCUGCUCAGGCCCGAGAUAGUCUUUAUUCUCGGGGACAUCUUCGACGAAGGCAAGUGGAGCUCGCAGAAGCACUGGGAGGACGACGUGCGUCGCUUCCACAGGAUGUUCAGACACUCCACUGACACGGAACUGGUUGUACUGGUUGGAAAUCAUGACAUCGGUUUCCAUUACGAGAUGGACUGGUUCAAGCUGCAGCGGUUUGAGAAGGUCUUCAAUGCUUCCUCCACCAGGAUCGUCACCAAAAAGGGCGUCAAUUUUCUGCUGGUGAACAGCGUGGCCCUGCACGGCGACGGCUGUCCCAUCUGCCAGUCGGUGGAAAAAGAGCUGAUCAAACUCUCCAGGGACCUCAACUGUUCUCUUCAGCAGAGCGCGCAGUCAGGGAGCGGAGUGAUGGACGGCUGUGAAGGUUCGCAGCUCUACCCUCCCACACCCCCCAUCAUGUUACAGCACUAUCCUCUGUACAGAGUGAGUGACGCUGGCUGCACAGGACAGGACGCCGCGCCGCCUGAAGAGCGACACCUGCUGUUCAGAGAGAAGUACGACGUGCUGUCGAAGGAGGCCUCACAGAGGCUGCUGCAGUGGUUUAAGCCCCGCCUCAUCCUCAGCGGACACACCCACAGCGGAUGUGAGGUUCUCCAUGACAACAAGUACCCAGAAAUCAGCGUGCCAUCCUUCAGCUGGAGGAACAGAAACAACCCCAGCUUCAUCCUUAUUCAACAAGGUGCUGGAAAAACUCUUCAGAGGUUUCAAUCCGAAUUGGCACGACAGCAUGACAAAGUUACUGGAGAUUUGUCAGCCGCGGAUCCGUGAUCCACAACCAUGUUUGCAUCAAUUUCACUUCCACCAAGGAAGGAGGUGAAGAUUUUGAAUCUUUUUUGUGAGAGUGUCCUGAGCUGACAAAUGGCAUAUUAAACCAAACCAGCACCUCAAAGUUCAGGUUUGAGUUAUUGUUCCAACAUAUUUGAGAAAGAAAUUAUCCUGUUUCUUCUUUUUAAAAACUCAAAAUCCCAGAAGCUACAAAAUCCUGAUUCCAGGUGAGAAUAUGUCCCUGACUAUGUGCUCUGUCCUUUGCUGCUCUGGAGGCUUUUGUUUGAACUUGAUUUAAGCAGAAACUCUUAAAAUAAAGUUAAGAGGAAAACAAAGAUAGCAUUAAACUAACAUGAUUUUGUCCAAUAUCUGUGACAGAGAAACAUUCAGAACAAUGAGGACACGCAAACUCCCCGAAACCACCUUAUGUCAGGCAGCAGUACUUAAUAGUGAGCUAGAAUCAGGUGGCCUAAAUUUGAUGUUUUUCUUUCAUACAAAUAGUUUCUUAAUAAAGUGUUUAAUUAUAUAGUAAACAAUCUGCUGAGGUGAGAUUCUGUUGAAUCUGUUGUUCCUUUGUUUACAGGCUAUAAAAACCCCCCAGAUUCAUUCAGAUAAAAAAAAAAAUAGGAAGAAAGGAACUCAAAAUGAGCUCCUAUUUUUAAUCUUCGGAGGCCCUCUGGUGGACGAAGAGCUCUAAGCAGCCACCUCUGCCAGUAUAAACAUUACUCAUCACCUCUAACUCACGUUAUUUCUCACUUCUCCCCCCUUUCUUC